AAUAGUCUUGUAAAACAGUUCUUCUUGUGAUGGGUUGAGACAAGCCGGCGGAUGAGGGCGGUGACGGGAGAUGAGCGAGUGCUUUUAGACCUUCAUCAUGUUCACUCGCUCUCAGUGUUGAUUUAAUCAUGGAGCUGAAAGCAACAUGUGCUCUUCUUCUGCUCAUCACGUGUGUCACCAUCUUCACCAGCACUGAAGGUUUCGCCUGUUGUUUGGAUGUUUCAAGGAAAAUCCCCCAAAAAUUGCUAAGAAAAGUUUCUAGAUAUGAAAUGCAGACGAAAUCUGGUGUUUGUGACAUUGAUGCAGUGAUACUACACACCGACCACAAGAAAAUCUGUGCACAUCUCAGAGUGCUGAAAGCCUUGAAGAAAAUGAAGAGAAAACAACAUCAGACGCAGAGUUUAAAGGCAGAGAAAUAAAACCUCACAGUCCAGCAGCCAUUAAUUCAUGGGCAUUCAUAACAGUUUAUUUACUGCAUUUAUUUACCCUACUAAUUUCAUUUCUUAUAUCCUUCAUGUAUGUUAUGUUUGUUUCUCCUUCUGUUCAGUUUUAUCUGUGUUUGUUGGUAUUGGACAUGAUGUAUUCUGACUUGGAGUUGUAUUGUUAACAGAACUCAAAAUGUUCUCAGCAUACCUAAUAAAAAAUAUAGAUGAGAGGAAAAA